CUCCAUAAGUUUACUUUGCCCUUUGUGGGAGAUGAGAUUCAGCCUCCGCAAGCCCGCCGCGAGAGGACAAGGGACGGGGGAGGAAACUUUGCGAGCGCGCUGAAAUCUGCUGAAUUCAGGAUUAUCUGCGGGUCAUGGACGGUUUCGUCUAGUGGAGUUUUUUUUGCGGAUUCCCGGGUUGUGCGUCUGCAGCAGAGCGGACCGCGCAGUGCGACUCCAGGCGGCUCUGAAGGAAACCAUAUCUGGUCAAAGUAUUCGUUGCUGUCACCCAGCGGGACCGUCCGGCUAUAAAUAGCGCUGGAGGAGGUCUCUCCCUUUCCCAGGAGCGCUACGGCCACUUGGCUGCCUUUGCUGUUAUUUUACCACUGGGGCUCAUUGAAUUUUUUUUCUCAAACCCCAGGGUCUCGCAGGCUCCUGAUCGCCUACAUUUUGUCUCAUUUGGAGGGGUUAUUGAGGUGUGCCUUCCAUCAUGUCGGUGUUGAGGAAGGAGAUGGAGAAGUACAGGGACAUAGAUGAGGACGAGCUGCUGAAGAAACUGUCAGAGGAGGAGCUACAGCGAUUAGAGGAUGAAUUAGAGGAGCUGGAUCCUGAUAAUGCAUUGUUGCCAGCUGGGAUGCGGCAGAAGGACCAGACAAAGAAAGCUCCAACAGGAGACUUCCAGAGAGACAACCUGCUGGCCCAUCUGGAAAAACAGGCCAAAGAGCAUCCUGACAAAGAAGACCUGGUACCCUUCACAGGGGAGAAGAGAGGGAAAGCCUGGGUGCCUAAAAAGAGGGUGGACCCCAUCAUAGAGAGUGUGACUCUGGAGCCAGAGCUAGAAGAAGCCCUGGCUAGUGCUUCUGAUGCUGAGCUCUGUGAUAUCGCAGCCAUCCUGGGUAUGCACACCCUGAUGAGUAACCAGCAGUACUAUGAAGCCCUGGCCAGCAGCACCAUAGUCAACAAGCAAGGCCUCAACAGUGUGAUCCAGUGCACCCAGUAUAAACCAGUCCCUGAUGAAGAGCCCAACUCCACUGAUGUAGAAGAGACCCUGUUGAGAAUAAAGAGGAACGACCCUGACCUGGUUGAAGUAAACCUCAACAAUAUCAGGAACAUCCCCAUCAAGACUUUGAGGGCGUACGCUGAGGCUCUGAUGAAGAACACUGUGGUGGAGAGGUUUAGUAUUGUAGGAACCAGGAGCAACGACCCUGUAGCGUUUGCGCUGGCAGAGAUGUUGAAGGUGAACACGACGCUGAAGAGCCUGAACGUUGAGUCCAACUUCAUUACUGGGACUGGAAUCCUGGCCCUCAUAGAGUCACUGCAGAAUAACACCACACUACAGGAGCUCAAGAUAGACAAUCAGAGCCAGCCGUUAGGCAACAAGGUGGAGAUGGAGAUAGCCAGCAUGCUGGAGAAAAACACCACGCUGUUGAAGUUUGGAUAUCAUUUCACCCAGCAGGGCCCACGCCUCCGAGGCUCCAAUGCCAUGAUGAACAACAACGACCUGGCCCGAGUCGUCAGGUCAGAGUCGGACGGCUCCUUCACCCUCACUCUGUCUGUCCCCGAGCUGGAGAGGGCCUUCGGGAAAAAGUUCAAGUCCAAGACAAAUAAGAAAGAGAAGGCUUGAGGGAGGACCCAUCUUCCCCAAGUGUCGGACAAAUGUGUAGAAACCACGGCUACCCUCAUCCCUCUGUUCCCCUUCGACCCUUACCGUCUUCCCAAACCCUGCCUUGUAACCCUCCUCAGCCUCACACCCUCCGAUGGCCUACCCAGAAGAUCCAUGCCCAUUAUGUCAAGUUCAAUUGUUUGGGGUUUGGAGGCAAUCUCUGAGCUCCUUCUGCUUUCAAGACUCUUUUAGUAGAUAUUAAAGGAUCCAAUGGGAUUAAUCAGCAUUGUCUCUCUGAGCUUUCAGUGCAUGCAAAAGGUGAGAUUGUGUACUUGUUUUUUGUGCUCUGAAAUUUGAAUUUUGACUUGGGUUCCAGGUUUGAACAUUUGUAGCUCUUUGUACGAACUAACCAGGCAAGGCUUACUUUGUCGUCUUGAAUCCUUGAAUAUCUCAAGUGUCUGGAUUCCUUAAUAAAGGGGGCUGGAGGUCUGGUUUUGAAUGAUGAAUCCCUGUUCCUAUUGAUGAGUUGAAUGAAUUCUAAUUAUUAUUAUUAUGCUGUAAAUUAGUUAUGCUGUCAUUACUGUUGUUCCCAGAAGUUUCUGAUGUUGCUCCAAGGUGGUAUUUUCUACCAAUUAUACACCAAAGCCAGUGUCCCAUUUGAAUUUGAUAUACCUAAACAAAAACAAACAAAAAAAAACUACUAUAAUAUUGAAUUUAGAAUUUUGACCUGCUCGUGAAAAUCUGAUGUUAUGGUCUUUUUCCUAUUCGGUCUAAACAGUAUUUCUAUAUAUACAGAAUCUUCAGUAAUGGACAGAUAGAUUUAGAAAGCUGGCUACUGUGAGAUUUGUUGCUAUAUACAGAGUAUAUUUAUUUGUGACAGACCUGGGAAAGAGUCAGAAGCCAUUCAAAUACUUGACAUAACUUUUGAUUGAUUGUGCUGGAUGGUGCAAUAACUUGUGUAAAAAUGUUUCUGUAAAUGAAAAUGUAUACUCUAAUUACACUACAUUGUUACAUUAUCCAGCAUUUAUAAAUACCAGCCCCCGCAGAGCAUUCCUGCUAGCUGGGAAUGGCAUCUGCCAAUCCAAGUUUUAUUUACUGAAAUGAGAGAUUCUAUGAACCCACUGUAAAAUAUCCCACAAGCACCAUCUUGUUAUAUAGACUUCAUUGUCUACAACCCACAAUGUAAGUCAGACCAUAAUAACCCAAAGUAACGGAGUUCUUGAAUGGACUUCUGUUACACUUUCAACCAGGUUGGGUUUGUUGAUUGUGUUUGUUUGUUUGUUAUUUACUGGAGCAAAAACGUGUGGUUUAAUAUGAAAUGGGUCGUACUGUUGACUUGACUGUUUAUUACAGGUUUCACAUUAAUGCCUCACUCCAGGUUUGGAGUAUUUCAAUAAUGAAUGGUAGACACAGAUUUAAAAACACAGGAAACCUCUCAUGUCUUUACAGCUGUCAGAUUACACAGCUCCAUUUUAUUUAAAUAAAACAAAUGUUAACAGACUAUUUGCAGUUUCUAAAAUGCUUGUUAGCAGUGACGGGUCUUAAAUCGCCCACUGAACAUCUGAAAUAUGGUAUCACACUCUGAUCCUGGACUGGUCCUUUAAGAGUUCACAAUGGAAAUGUUCUUCUCAUCAAGGUCGGACUGUGAAUACAUGUUUAUGUCCUUGUUGCCAAUUCCAACCACACAACUACAUCUUGUUAAUGAUAAACAUCGCUGUUUAUUUAGCAGCACUUAAUGGGAUUUCUUCUAACUUUACAGCACAAUAAGAAAAAGAGGGGUUAGCUGCUAUCUAACUGGGAACUAGAGCUAAUGUGUUGCUGUCUGACAAUAAAACAGCUCCAGUAAAAAUCAGCAGAAAUGGUCUGCACUCUUGUUACUUUUGAAUGGCUCAAGAGGAAAUGGGUCUGUAUUGCCUGCUUAAAGAAAAUGGGUAAAAACUACCAGUUGCUGACUAAAACUGACCCGACCAUGUACCAUCCAUGUUCCCUUGAUGUCAACAACUGUACCUGAUACUGACACUCAGAGAUAAAAAUGGCCGCAUGUUUAAGGGUUAAGAUAACCCAUUUAAUGUUAUUUAAUAUCACUGCUUUGUUACUUUAUCCGUGCUGUGAGUGUUGUUCAGCAAAUGGUAAUUAUGGAUGUAAACAUUGGUAAAACAAUAAGUAACUGAAUGCUAAAGGUAAAAGAGGACGAGGACUCCUGCCACUCAGUCAUUGUGUGUCCUGUUCUUUUCUUCUGUCUGGUGUUUUCUGAUAUUUUAGUGCUUGACUGUUUUGUUAGAUAGUUUACCUUUUUGGUUGAAUUUUUGUUUAUGAAAUAAAUAAAGCUUGAAAAUAA